AUGGGCCUCAGAUAUCUCGCAUGCGCCGCGGCAAUAUCCGCGGUCGCGAUGCAUCCCUGGCUAGCCACGGCCGCCGACGUCGAGGCCAAUAUCACAGCCCUGACUGGUGGCGAACUCGAAGCCGAUUGGACAAACAUGUUCUACUCCAAAGAGAAGCCUCUACUGCUAGGAAACGAUGGAGGUGCUGCGACGGGAGGCUUUCACGCGUGGGAUCUGAACAGCGAUUCGCCACUGUCCGAGGUCAAGUCCAUGAUCACUGGCCGAACAAAGAUCAUCACGACAGUCUACAAUGUCACGGGGAAAGACUAUGCGGUUACUAUUGCGAUGCCGGACUCCAUAAUUCGCGUCUACGAGAUGCCAGGAUUCAAGGAAAUCGAGUCAGCCCAAGUGACCAUGCUUGGAGACUGGGCAGCCAUGUGCUCGUGGCGAACCAACAGUCUGAACGACUACGUCUUUCUCUUCGGCAAGAGUGUGGUAGUGCAGUAUGUGGUCCGCCCGACCAAGGACUCCAUUGAACUGGUGGAGGUUCAAAGCAUCCCAGUCCCAACAGAGUUCUCCGGCUGUGCUGUGGUACAAUCACAGGCUAAAAUGGUCGUUAAUGCCGACGAUGACAAGGAUGUUUACGUCUUCAAUCUCAAGGAAUCGACCAUUGCCCCAGAAAUCACCAAGCUUGGCGAGGCUGCGGAAGAUGUCACUGGUAUUGCAACAUAUGUCUCAAAUUCCACCGGCACUGACUACCUGUUUGUCGCUCAAGAAAGUAGCAUUGCUGUCUACAAGUACCCAUUCGAUCUUGUCGGCAAUAUCAAGCUUAAUGGCCUCGAGGAUAUCGAAGUCCAGGGCCUCAGUAUCUAUCAGGGCUCAAGUUCAAAGUACCCUAGCGGCGCUCUUGGCUUUGCUGUCGAAGCAGACAACGUCGCUGGAUUUGGAGUGGUGUCAUUGGAUAGUGCUCUCGAUGAUCUCGGGAUAGAAGCCAACACCGCGUAUGAUCCUCGGAACGCAACUGGAUCCCGCGACCGUUCUCCGAUCUGCGACGCCUGCUCGAGCAACGGCUACUGUCAAGAGAAUGCUCUAGGAUGUGGCUGCUUCGCUGGCUUCACCGGCGACAAGUGCGAACGGGUCCAGUGCACGAAGGAUUGCUCUGGACAUGGCGAGUGUAUUGGGCCGCAACAGUGCAAAUGCGAGAAUGGAUGGGGAGGACUGUUCUGCUCGGCUGUCUUAGUCGAGGCUUCCUACGAAACUGACCAAAAUGGCGGCGACGGAGAUGAUCCCGCCAUUUGGAUCUCGCCGGAAUCAGCCGAUAAGUCCCGCAUCAUUACUACGACCAAGUCCACUGAGGGUGCCGGCUUGGGUGUUUUCGAUCUGAAGGGCAAGCUGCUCCAAACCCUGCCGGCGGCGGAGCCCAACAACGUCGAUAUGAUCUAUGGCUUCCAGGCUGGGAACAGGACUGUCGAUCUCGCUUUCGCUGCCUGCCGUGGCGACGAUACGCUUUGUCUUUUCGAGAUGACCUCGAAUGGAACCCUGAAAGACAUCCCCGGUGGCAUUCAGCCUGUCCCGGAGGACUACAAGGUCUAUGGUUCCUGCGUGUACAAGUCUCCCACCAGCGGCAAGCAAUAUCUCUUUGUUAACGAAAAGUCUGCUCGCUAUUUACAAUACGAGCUGACGUCCAACUCGAAUGCCUAA